GCCCCCGCCCGCCGACCGGGCACCGCGGUGUGAACAGGCGGUGAUGUGCCAGUGCUGACGGUGCUCAGUGGGUGACCCGUGACUGGACCUGGCCGGCGAGGAGCUCGGACCGUCGUCCUCGGCGCGGCCGUUCGCGCCGUAUCGAUCUCGACGAGCGCCGCCGGUCGCCGGUCGUCGCUCGACGCAGGGGCGUCGCGGAGCAGGCGCGGGUCGAGCCCCCGACACAGAGUGCGUCGGAGCAGCGAGAUGAACGUCGGAUAGAGCGAGAGCCGUCCACGGGCGCGUCGAAUGCUCUGCUCUCGUUCGGCCGUCUCCAGACAUGACUGAGACGGAGCUGAAGGCGCCGUCGGCGGACGCGGCCGAGUCGCCGGCCGGCGCGCCGGAGCCGGACGUCGACGCCGGCUCGCUGUGGUGCCCGCUGGGGCGGCUGGGCACGCUCGGCUCCGAGCUGAGCGCGCGUCUGACCGGCGGCCUCUCCCGGCUCGACUGGAGCGCCUUCGGCCGGCCCAAGAUGCCGCUCAAGGGCGUGCGCACCCAGCUGCGCUGGUGCCGCUGUCUCCAGAAAGACGAGCCUCCGGAGAUCACCUACUGCGUCAGCAAGUCUGGUGACGCUCUCCACCUCCAGAUGCUGACACCUACGCAGCCCAUGCCGCGUGCCGACGAGGUGGAAGCCAAGUUUCUGGAAGUGCUGGAGGAACUGGAUCUAACGGCGGCAAACCGGUCAGCCAUGCUGGACCUGCCGCUCGAGAAAAAAUGGCAGCUCUAUUGCAGCCGAAAGAAAAAGGACGACACGGACAACGGGAACGGCCACAGCUACCUGGCCCGGCUGCCCGACUAUUACAUCGACAAGAUCAGCACGCUGAGCGGGCUGCCGUUCCCCGCCUCGAGUGACGAAGAGGUGACCAAGCGCACCAAGCAGCUGGAGUCGCUGCGGACCGCCCUGCGCACGCAGCCCAACUCCUUCGUCAUCAAGUUCCUGGAGCUGGAGGGCCUCGAGGCGUGCCAGAGGUUCCUCAACUCUAUGGACCACAAGACAUCGGAGAGCAGCAUCCACAGCAGCCUCAUCGGAUGUGUUAAGGCGCUGAUGAACAACACGAAUGGCAGGUCUCAUGUGCUGGUACACCCAGACGGACUCAACGUGAUCUCCCAAAGCCUCUCCUGCGAGAAUAUCAAGACCAAGGUGUCCGUUCUUGAGAUUCUGGGCGCUGUGUGCCUGGUGCCGGGCGGACACAGGAAGGUCCUGGAAUCCAUGGCUUACUACCAAAAAUACGCCGGGGAGAGGACCAGGUUUCAGAGAAUCGUCAACGAUCUGGAUCGGUCCACGGGCACCUACGCUGACGAUGUGAGCCUAAAGACGGCCAUCAUGUCCUUCGUCAACGCCGUGCUCAGCUACGGCGCCGGCAAGGAGAGCCUCGAGUUCCGACUUCACCUACGCUACGAGUUCCUCAUGCUCGGUGUGCAGCCGGUCAUCGACAAGCUGCGCUCUCUCGAGAACGAAACCCUGGACAGGCAUCUGGACUUCUUUGAGCUGGUGCGCACCGACGACGAGCGCGAGCUGGCCAGGCGGCAUGGGGAGGUGCACGUGGACACCAAGUCGGCCACGGCUAUGUUCGAGCUGCUGAGGAACAAGCUGAACAACACGGCCGCCUACCCGCACCUGUUGUCGCUGCUGCAGCACUGCCUCUUACUGCCCCUGGACUACGGCACGCAGCCGCACCACUGGCUGCUGUUCGACCGGAUCUGCCAGCAGAUGAUCCUCCAGUCGGAGGGGGGCGAGGACCGCGACCUGCGGCCCGUCGACAUCAACGUCAACACAGUGGUCCAGAUGCUGGCCAAAGAGGAGGAGCUGCGAGGGGCUUUGACUAAGGCGGAGGAGCUGGAGAAGGAGAACCUGGACCUGAUGACCAAGCUCAGCGAGAAGGAGCAGGAGUGCGACGUCAAGACCCAGGAGAGGGAUGACCUCAGCUCCAGUCUUAACCGGCUCCAGGAGAAGUUCGAGACGGAGGCUAUGGGCCACCUGCAGGCCAUCCAGCGGCUGCAGGAGCUGCAGUACAGCUCCGGCCGCGGCCUGAAGGACGCCAGCUCGGACCAGGCGGCCAGCGUCGGCUCUGGGCUGCCCUCGCGCUCCGUGGUCGGUGCCGGCUCGCCGCCGCCGCCACCGCCGCCGCCGCCGCCGCCUCCGCCGCCGCCGGGCGGCGUCCCGCCGCCGCCACCGCUCGUCAACGGCGUGGCGGCGACGACCAAGCAGAAGAACGUGCCGAAGGCCGGCAACCCGCUCAAGAGCUUCAACUGGUCCAAGCUGCCGUCCAACAGGAUCAACGGCACCAUCUGGAGCGACCUCGACGACGAGCGGCUGUACAGCUGCAUCGAUCUGGCGGACGUGGACCGGACGUUCUCGGCGUACCAGCGCCAGCACGGCCAGCUGGACAGCUCGCUGGACGACCUGACGAACGCCGGCACGCUGACGCGGUCACGCAACAAGGUCAUCAGCGUGGUGGACGCCCGGCGAGCGCAGAACUGCACCAUCCUCCUCUCCAAGCUGAAGCUCACCGACAAGGAGAUCAAACUGGCCCUGAUGUCGAUGGACGCCAAGGACCAGCUGCCGCCGGACAUGGUGGAGCAGCUGCUGAAGUUCACGCCAUCCGCUGAGGAGAAAGCGCUACUGGAAGAGCACAGCGAUGAGCUGAAGAGCUUAGCCAGGGCCGACCGCUUCCUGUAUGAAAUAUCACAGAUCACCCACUACGAGGCGCGCCUCAAGUCGCUCUUCUAUAAGAAGCGCUUCAACGAGCGUCUGGCUGAGAUCCGGCCUCGGGUGGCAGCGGUGGUGGAGGCCGCUAAGGAGCUGCAACGCAGUCGCCGGCUCAAGAAGCUGCUGGAGCUGGUGCUGGCGUUCGGCAACUACAUGAACCGCGGUCAGCGCGGCAACGCCCAGGGCUUCCGACUGGAGAGCUUGCGCAGGAUCGGCGACACUAAGUCGAGCACGCGCAAGCACGUGACGCUGCUGCACUACAUCGUGGAGCUGCUGGAGACCAAGUUCCCCGACGUAUUGCGCCUGGAGGAGGACCUGAGCAAUGUGCGCGAGGCGUCCAAAGUCAGCAUGAGCGAGUUGCAGAAGGACAUGUCGCUGAUCCGAGCCGGUCUGAAGGACAUCCAAAAGGAGCUGGACUACCAGCGGACGCGGCCGGCCGACAGCGGUGACCUGUUCGUGCCCACCAUGAAGGAGUUCGCCGCCAAGGCCACCUACAAGUCGCGCCAGCUGGAGGACGAGUUCGCCGAGAUGAAGAGCAGGUUCGAAAAGGUGGCGCACUUCUUUGGCGAGGAUCCCGCGAGUGCACAUCCAGAUGAGUUCUUCGGCAUCUUUGACGCCUUUUUGAACUCCUUCAUGAUGGCCACGGAGGACAACAUCAACGUCAGGAAGAAGAGGGAGGAGGAGGAGAAGCGUUUGCGGCACGAGCAGGAGCUGAAGCAGAUGACGCUGCAGCGGCGCGGACACCGCGAGUCGCAGCUGAAACGUGACGGCGCCGAGCUCGAGCCCAAGCACGACCAGAACCGCGAGUUCGACGACCUCAUCUCGGCACUGCGCACCGGCGAGGUGUUCUCCGAGAGCUUCCGCUGCGCCAAGCGCAAGAAGAAGAGCCCGCCGAGCCUGAGCCGGCGCGAGAGCCGCUACGAGGAGAGUCGGGAGCGCGCCAUACGCAUCGUGUAGCCGACCGGCGCGCCGCCGCGCGCGCGGGACUCUAGUCUGCGGUGCUUGGUCGCUGUGCGGCGGGCCGCGGGCCGUCAGCUGCGGGCAGUGGGCCAUGGGUCGCAAGCCGUGGGCCGUGGACUGUCGGCCGUGGGUCCUGGACCGCGAGCCGUGAGCCGUGGGUCGCGAGCCAUGGGUCGCGAGCCGUGGGCCGUGGACUGUCGGCCGUGGGUCCUGGACCGCGAGCCGUGGGUCGCGAGCUGUGGGCCGUGGGUCAUGGACCGUGAGCCGUGGGUCGCGAGCCGUGGGCCGUGGAUUGUGGGCCGUGGGUUCUGGACCGUGAGCCGUGGGUCGCGAGCUGCCGGCCGUGGGUCAUGGACCGUGAGCCGUGGGUCACGAGCCAUGGGUUGCGAGCCGCUGCCCAUGUGCCGCGAGCUGCGGGCCGCGGGCCGUGGGCUGCAUCGUCUGCCGGACGAGCUGUGGUUGGUCAUACGAACGAGCGGGGCGCGACGUGCGCAGCCGGAGCGUGGCUCGCUCGUGCUUGCUCGUGCGCGCCUCUCUGCCGCAAUCCUUGUUUGCGCCGGGUGUAAGUGGAUGUUUAGCGCGAGGUGAGACUGCUCGCGGUGGGGUGAUCGGCCGGGUGCGGGUGCCCGGCCGGCUGCGGGUGCUGGCGGCUGAGGAGAGAAGCGGACGUCCGGCCGGGCGGCCGUGUCAGGAGCUGUAGCUAAUGUGAUUUUCGCGCCGCGAAUCAUGCAAUGAGUACAUAUGCAUGUGUGUUUAAUUGUGUGUAAAUGUUUCGGGCCAGGAUGAGCCGGCGCAUUGUUUCGCUUGUAAGGAUGCUCAGCUCUCUUAUCAAUAUAUGGCCUUUUGUAAUUUUAUGUGACCCGUUUGCACAUUUCUAGUGUCGCUCUAAAUACAAACCUCAUAGGCUA